ACCCUCAGGGUUGUAGGGUGAAUCAUUUGACAGCGAGCAGCGUGUGUGUGUGUGUGUGUGUGUGUGUGUGUGUGUGUGUGUGUGUGUGUGUGUGUGUGUGUGUGUGUGUGUUGUUGAUGCAGUAACGUUAGCUUUUGUAAAUGUUAUUGGAGCUACGCAAAGGAUUUGUGUGUGAUGCGCAACUUGAGGUUGCUGAAGAGCCAUCGUUGCUUGAAGCUGCAAGGCCCGGGCACGCCGCAAUGUUUCACUGUUCGGACAGACACAGGCACCGUGCUCAUCGCUUCAGAAUACUCCGUCACAGAGUUGGACACACGAGCUGGCCAGGUGGUGAAUGAGGUGUCAUUGACAGUGGAGCGCUAUCUUCCAGAGGAUGGCGGUGGGACAGUUGUUGGUAUCCAAGACUUACCAGACCAGGAGUCUGUGUGUGUGGCUACAGCCACUGGUGAUGUCAUUCUCUACAAUCUGAACACUAACCAGCUGGAGUGUGUGGGCAGUGUGGACAGUGGUCUGUCAGCCAUGAGCUGGUCACUCACCACUGGUCAGGACACCAUUAUCAUGAUGACCAAAGACUUAGAACCCAUCACGGAGUUUGGGAUCCAUCAGGAUGACUUUGGAGAGGGGAAGUUUAUCACAGUGGGCUGGGGGAAGAAAGAAACCCAGUUCCAUGGCUCAGAGGGAAAGCACGCUGCCCAGAGGAAGACUAUAGAGGUGCAGCCGGCCAUGUCGUGGGACGACCGCAGGCCAAGGGUGACUUGGAGAGGAGACGGGCAGCUCUUCGCUGUGAGCGCUGUUUGCCCCCUGACUGGUGCCAGGAAGGUCAGAGUGUGGAACAGAGAGUGUGUCUUACAGUCGACAAGUGAAACCGUCAACGGUCUGGAGCAGUCACUGUGCUGGAAACCGUCGGGUAGUUUGAUAGCGGCAACACAGCGUCAUCCUAACAAGCACAGUGUGGUGUUUAUGGAGAAGAACGGCCUCCUACACGGGGACUUCACCCUGCCCUUUGGCAAAGAACAGGUCAAGGUGAAGGAGCUGCUAUGGAACAGUGACUCGACUGUGUUGGCUGUGUGGCUGGAGGACAUGACACCGGGAGAGGGGGGUCAAGUCAACACAUACAUUCAGUUGUGGACAGUAGGUAACUACCACUGGUACCUGAAGCAGAACCUGUACUUCGGCAGCGACCCCCAGAGGGCACCAGCCUACGUGAGCUGGGUUCCUGAGAGGCCCCUGCGGCUGCACCUGGUGACCCGAGGCUGGGUCAGCCUGAACUACGACUGGGGCUGGAGCACCGACCGCAGCCAUGGGGAGGACGGGCAUGACGACGACAAGGUCCUCGUAUCAACGUUUCGUCAGUGUGUGGUGCCCCCGCCCAUGUGUGCCUACGACCUUCAGCUUCCCGCCCCCGUCAACCUGGUGACCUUCCAGCGCCAGAGGACCAAUGAGCUGGCAGCGCUCACAGCCGACGGACACAUCUCUGUCUACGGCCAAGGUACUGAGGAACUGAGUGAGCCUGCAGCUGGAUUGGGAGGAUUCCGAUCUGUCACACACGCCCCUAAGCUAAAGGCAACCUACAGGGUUGCGGUGGAUCAGGAGGAGCCCCUGGCACUGCGUCUGCUGCUGUGGCUGAGGGAGGAUGUGUUCCUGGGGGUGGGGGCCAGUACAGACGGGCCGUCCCAGUCCAAGAUGCUCAUCCUGGGACCCUCAGAGGCCCAGGGCCCCCAGCCAACCCUGGAGAUCAGGUCACAUGUGGAGGUUGAAGGUCACGUGAUCAGCAUGUGUCACAGCUCCAAGACGGGCACGGUGGCGCUGCAGCUGGAGGACGGCCAGAUCAGGAAGUUCCUCUGGGACUCUCUGAUGCCUAGUGUGGUGGAGUGGCAGGACUUCCCAGAUCCCUGUGUGCAGACGGCCCUCUUUACCAUAGAAGAGGAGCAUCUGUUAGGGCUUACGGACCGAUCUCACCUGUUUGUUGGUGAGACAGAGGUGGCCUCCAACGUUUCCUCCUUCGUGGUCUACGACGACUUCCUGCUGCUCACCACACACUCGCACACUUGCCGCUGCUUCCGACUCACCACGCUCACUGUCAAAGGGCUGCGGGUGGCCUUGGCUGCCGACGGAGGUCAGAAUCAGAAUGACCAGAAUGACGAGACUCUCCGCAGGGUAGAGAGGGGCUCCAGAAUCGUCACUAUGGUCCCCCAGGACACCAGGCUCAUCCUACAGAUGCCUCGCGGUAACCUGGAGACCAUCCACCAUCGAGCACUGGUGUUGGCUCAGCUCCGAAAGUGGCUGGACAGUCAGAAGUUCCGAGAGGCCUUUGAGUGCAUGAGGAAGCUGCGGAUCAACCUCAACCUGAUCUACGACCAUAACACCAAGAAUGGCACAUGCAACCAGACUGUGGUUGGCUUUCGGGCAGGUGUUUUUAGAGAGCGUGGAGACUUUCCUGAGACAGCUGGACUCUAUCAAUCACAUCAACCUGUUCCUCACAGAGCUCAAGGAGGAAGAUGCCACUACAACAAUGUACCCUUGUCCAGUGAACACUACAGGACAGUCGGCCCCUGCGGCUUGUGGGGAAAAAGGUACUGUCUGUCUAUUUUGAUGUCACAUGUGAAGAAGACUGUUCCUGAGCUGGAGGUUGCCCUGCAGAAAGUCCACGAGCUUCGAGUGAACCCACCUAGUGCUGCCAACGCAGUGAGUGCGGAGGAGGCUCUGAAGUACCUGUUGUUUUUGGUUAAUGUCAACGAGCUGUAUGAACACUCUCUGGGCACCUACGACUUUGACUUGGUCCUCAUGGUGGCCGAGAAGUCCCAAAAGGACCCCAAAGAGUACCUUCCCUUCCUGAACAUGCUGAAGACUUUAGAGCCCAACUACCAGCGCUACACCAUCGACAAACACCUCAAGAGAUACAGGAAGGCCUUGCAUCACCUCAGCAAGUGUGGUGAGGAGCACUUCACCGAGGCCCUGAAUCUGGUGAAGGACCAGAGGCUGUAUAGUGAAGCCCUGGGGCUCUACCCAACAGACAGCCCUCAGUACAAGGCGCUGAGCUGUGCCUACGCCGAGUACCUGGUGGAGCAGCAGCAGGCGGAGCAGGCAGGGUUGUUGCUGUGGCGCUGCGGCGAGGCGACCCGCGCCCUCCAGGCCUUUGUGGGCAGUGCCAGCUGGAGGAACGCCCUCUGUGUGGCAGAGCAGAUCCCCCUGCCUUCUGACCAGCCGGCACUGCUGGCCAGGGACCUGGCAGAGAAACUGAUAGAGCUCAGAAGAUAUGCGGAGGCGGCCAUAUUGUUGGAGCGGUAUGCCAAGGAGUGUGAGGAGGCCAUCUCAGCUCUGAUCACAGGUGCAGUCUGGGAAGAAGCACUUCGAUUGGUGUAUUUGUACAACAGACAAGACAUCAUUGAAACAAACCUCAAACCAGCUCUCUUGGAAGCAUGUAGUUCUCAGACCUCUUACCUGGAAGCUCAGAAGGCGAUGUUCACUCGUCACAAAACCCGUCUGUCUGUGGUACGGGAGCUUAAGGAAAAAGCCAGGCUGGAGUUACUGGAUGAGGAUGUCCCAGACUGUCCGGAGGCAGAGCUCUAGUCAGAGGCCAGUAGUGUGAUGACAGGCAGCCAUGCCGGCUCCAAGUACUCGCAUAGUAACUCCCGCAUCUCCUCGAGGUCGUCUAAGAACCGCCGGAAGGCCGAGCGCAAGAAGCUGAGUCUGAAGGAAGGGACCCCCCUAGAGGACAUGGCCCUGCUGCAUGCCCUGGCAGAGAUCAUCCACUCUGUGGACAAGAUGAGAGAAGAGGUGCACAGCCUGCUGAAGGCCCUGGUGCUGUUCCAGUUUGACGGACAGGCGGGGAGGUUGCAACAUGCCUAUGGGGAGGCUCUCCAAAUGAUAGAGGUGGCCCUUCCCGAGGUGUGGCAGGAGGGUCUUCAGCAGACCCAGGCACCG